GGCCCAAAAAGAAGAGACAUCGAAGGCAGACGUUGGGAACGUAGAACUAGAAAAGGAGUUCACUGAGGACGAGGUUGAGGCGUGUGUGAACAAGCUGAAGUGCCACAAAGCAGCAGGAGCGGAUGGGAUAGUCAACGAGUUCAUGAAGUUUGGGGGGAAGGGGAUGAUCCAGCUGAUGGUACUGCUGUACAAUUGGGUGUGGAAAAACGAGUAUACGCCAAGUAGAUGGAGGGAAGGAGUGGUUGUGAACUUGUUCAAGAAAGGAGACAAGACUGACCCAGGAAACUACAGGGGGAUCACACUGUUGAACACAGUAGGAAAAGUGUUCUGUAAGCUGCUGAACGAUAGGAUAGUGGGAGUAUUGGAGAGGGAACAUGGCACUGGUGACGGACAGGCAGGUUUCCGAAAGAAGAGGGGGUGCGUAGACCACGCAUUCACGGUAGGGA